CUACUGACUACUGCUGCCACCUCCAUACCUUUUUCUUCCAUCUUUCUUCUUUAUCCCCAUGUAAUUCGCCUCUUUCCCAUCUUCCCCUUUUUCUCUCCCCUAAAAAUCUAAAUUCAAACCCUAAAUAUCGCGCAUCUUUCAAUCAUCAAAUACCCAUUUCAUAUGGAAGAUGAAAAGCCAUUACUGGGUGCAAUUUUCAACACCGGUAUUAUAAUCCGGCGACCAACAUGGGCCUUUCUUUUGCUGUUUUUCACAGCUUUUGCCGUUUUUACCCUCCCUUUCACUACCAAAACGUUUUCUUCUCCUCCUUCUCCUUCUUCAUUGCCCCUCCCCAGUAACUCCGAGUCCCGACUCGAUUCGGAAUCCUGCUCCAGCUUCUUCACGGAUGGCCCACCAAGGAAGUACGUGGUUUCGAUCACCGAGUUCGGAGGUGUCGGCGAUGGCGAAACUUCCAACACCGACGCGUUCCGAAAAGCGAUUGGGUAUUUGAAACGUUUUGAGAAUAAAGGUGGAUCCCAGCUUAAUGUUCCUCAAGGAAGAUGGGUCACAGGAAGCUUCAAUCUUACCAGCAAUUUCACACUUUUUCUGGAAGAGGGUGCUGUUAUUUUGGGCUCUCAGGACCCAAAGGAGUGGCCAAUAAUUGAGCCUUUGCCGUCUUAUGGAAGAGGAAGAGAGAGAUUAGGUCCCAGACAUAUUAGUCUCGUCCACGGGAACUCCAUCAGCAAUGUUGUCAUUACAGGACGGAAUGGGACAAUUGAUGGACAAGGGAAAAUGUGGUGGGAUUUAUGGUGGAACAGAACACUGGAGCAUACCAGAGGCCAUCUUUUGGAGCUUGUUAAUUCUCACAAUAUCCUAAUUUACAAUCUCACAUUUCGAAAUUCGCCAUUUUGGACCAUUCAUCCUGUGUAUUGCAGGAAUGUUGUAGUCAGGAAGAUGACAAUACUGGCUCCUCUAAAAGCCCCAAAUACAGAUGGUAUAGACCCAGAUUCAAGCACGGAAGUGUGCAUUGAAGAUUGUUACAUUGAGAGUGGGGAUGAUCUUGUGGCUGUGAAGAGUGGGUGGGAUCAAUUUGGCAUUGCCAUGGCACGUCCCAGCUCAAACAUAAUUGUGAGAAGAAUUUCUGGCACAACUCCGACAUGCUCUGGUGUUGGAAUAGGUAGUGAGAUGUCUGGUGGAAUAUUCAACAUAACCAUAGACGAUAUUCAUGUCUGGAAUUCAGCAGCUGGGGUCCGGAUUAAAACCGAUGUGGGCCGAGGAGGAUACAUAGCGGAUAUCAGAAUAUCAAACCUAAGGCUAGAAAGAGUAAAAAUACCCAUUAAAUUCAGUAGGGGUGCUAAUGAUCACCCUGAUGAGAAGUGGGACCGAAAGGCCAUUCCCAAAGUUGGAAAGGUGUUUAUAAGCAAUAUAGUUAGCUUGAAUUCGAUGAGAGCUCCUGAAAUACUUGGUAUCGAGGGAUCUCCCUACGAAGGUAUUUGCAUGAGAAACGUAAAUAUUUCAGGACUACCCGCAUCAGCUACAUGGCAUUGUGAACAUGUUUCAGGUUUUGCAAGAGACGUGUUUCCACCUCCAUGUCCUCAGUUACGUGUUGAUAGUAAAUCAUCAUCAUCAUCAUCAUCAUCAUCAUCAUCAUCAUGUGAGUUCUCAUGAAUGUUGUUCUAGCUCCCAGAUUACCCAACCUCAGGCAUACCCAUGCAGUUGAUCUCAAAAGGAUCAAAAUGCAGAAACUAUUGCAGAUAGAUACAACAGAAACUUGAUGACAUAGUUUCAUACAAUAUCUUGACAUACUUUGGUCUUUGAAGUUCGCCUUAUGUUUGGUACCAGAAAUUUCUUUUAUUGAUGCAUCAAGAAGCACCUUCACUCUUCAGGCCGAGUGAGCUUUCAGCCAGUUUUUCUGAUGGCAGAUGGAUGACCAGAUUCCAGUUCGGUUACAUAAUUUAAUGAUUCUUUCAACAAUUCUUUGCACUUAUAACACGUGUCUAACUUAUGACGACUCUGGAACAUUUUGUCAUCUUGAGGAGGACUGUAUAAAUGUACAUUUUGAUUAGAAAUUUGAUUACGAACAAUUGAGAAAUCUA